AUGUCGUCGUCGUCGAAGAAGAUCACCCUGAAGAGCUCUGAUGGCGAAUCGUUCGAGGUUGAAGAGGCGGUGGCUCUCGAGUCGCAGACCAUCAAGCAUAUGAUCGAGGACGAUUGCGCCGACAACGGCAUUCCUCUGCCCAACGUGACGAGCAAGAUCUUGGCCAAGGUCAUCGAGUACUGCAAGAAGCACGUCGACGCUGCCAAGCCUGAUGAGAAGAUCUCCGAGGAUGAUCUCAAGGCUUGGGAUCAGGACUUUGUCAAAGUUGACCAGGCAACCCUAUUUGAUCUCAUUCUGGCUGCAAACUACUUGAACAUCAAGAGCCUGCUGGACCUGACAUGCCAGACUGUUGCCGACAUGAUCAAGGGGAAGACACCGGAGGAGAUCCGAAAGACCUUCAAUAUCAAGAACGACUUCACCCCAGAGGAGGAGGAGGAAGUUCGUCGCGAGAACCAGUGGGCAUUUGAAUGA